UGCAUCGGCAUGGCUGGAUUGACGACGUUCCAUGAAAAGCUCAUCGCCUACCGCGUGUGGGAGUUCGUCGCGUGUUUGGCGGUCACCGGAGCGAUCUUUGCCCUCACGGCUUCUUCUGUGUACCGCCGUCCGAUUCCGCAUCUCGUGAUUCCUCUUGACGCCUCGACAACCAUCUUCGCCCGCGACCCCAGUCUUGAUCUGAAGAAGGAGAAAGAGCAAGUCCCGUUAGAUGUGGCCAUUGCCAUCUUCUACGCAACGCCUCUCGUCGUCCACACGAUCGUACAAUGGCUCCGCUAUGUGCGCAACGAUUCCCGCGACUUUCUUCUGACGUUGUUCAUAUCCUCGGCCGUCUGCCAGCUCCUCACGCACUUCGCAAAAGCCAUGACGGGCCGCUUCCGCCCAUGCUUUUAUGACAUGUGCAAAUGGGACACGACUGUAAUAUGGGAUGGCGUGACGAAUUUGUGCCGCGAUCCCAAGGGCGAAGCCGAAGGCCGCAAGUCGUUUCCAUCGGGACAUGCGUCUAGCGCGUUCUCGACGCUCUUUUUGCUCACGUUGUACCUCCUCGGCCGAAGCAAGCUGCUCUCUGCGUCAUCCCUCGCGACACGACGUGGUUUUGUCGCCAGCGCCGCCUUCUUCGUGGCAUUUGCGCCGACAAUGGUUGCCAUGUGGAUCGCCAUCACACGAUCUCAGGACAAUUGGCACCACUACUCGGACAUCCUGGCGGGCAGCGUGAUCGGAAUAUGUUCAGCCAUCUUGGGCUACAGCGUCAACUACGGUUCGUUGUUCGACUACAAGACCGCUGGCAUGCCGCUCGAGACCUUGGAGGAACUGAAGCAGUCGGAAUUACCCACCUACAACCAUGCGUUUCGCAGGCACGAGAGUGGGACCGCGUCGCCUUCCACUCUACCGUGAAAGAUGGCGCAAUGGGAUGUUUGCCGCUCGAGUAGUUUGGAUUUCCUGCAAUGUGUGCCCCGACGGCGUUAUAAGGACUUAACGAUGCCAUGUCUCGUUCAGCAUCCUAACUCACGUAAAGGUGCCGAGCGCUCUC